CAGCGGCGACACAGAGCCCCCGCCAUGUCAGCAGCCCCGCUUCCCAGGAGCACAAGGCAGUGAGCUAUGUGAGGAGAGUGGCCGUGCGCCGGCCAUUCCUGCGUCCUGUCCCCCCCUUUCUCCCGCUGGUGACCUGUCCCCGCCCUCUCUAGUCCUCACAGUCUGCUGGCCCUGCUGCAGGGCAGGCGAGCGCCUCGGUCCCUCGCCUUCCUUGUUUGUUGUCCUUGAGUCAUCGUGGACGGUCCGUGACAACGGGGUCAGAGAUGGGGCGCAGCUGGUGAGCCGGUCCACGUGACCCCCGAGGAGCGCCACCCCAGAGGCAGAGGAGGAUGAGCGGCGAGUGAGCAGCCCCCAGAUCCCGCUCCAGCCCUGCCUGUAGGUACCGUCUUCUGCUCGUCCCGUGUUGUGUGUGCCACCGGCGGAAUGCUCAGGCCGCUGCCAGGUAAGACGCUAACUACUUUGACCAACAAGGAUGCCGCUCGUUAAAAGAAACAUCGAUCCCAGGCAUCUGUGCCAUACUGCCCUGCCAAGGGUGAUCAAGAACGAAUUAGAAUGUGUGACAAAUAUUUCUUUGGCAAAUAUUAUUAGACAGCUCAGUAGCCUGAGUAAAUAUGCAGAAGAUAUAUUCGGGGAGCUUUUCAAUGAGGCCCACAGCUUCUCCUUCAGAGUGAACUCUUUACAAGAACGCGUUGACCGGCUAUCUGUCAGUGUGACACAGCUAGAUCCUAAAGAAGAAGAACUGUCACUACAGGACAUCACAAUGAGGAAAGCAUUCAGAAGCUCCACUAUUCAGGAUCAACAAUUGUUUGACCGUAAAACUUUGCCAAUUCCUCUUCAUGAAACUUAUGAAUUGUGUGAACAUCCUCCACCCCUCAAUAUACUAACACCCUACAGAGAUGAUGGUAAGCAAGGAUUAAAGUUUUACACCAACCCAUCCUACUUUUUUGACUUGUGGAAAGAGAAGAUGAUUCAGGACACUGAGGACAAACGUAAAGAAAAGAGAAAGCAGAAGCAAAAGAAUAUUGAUCGUCCACAUGAGCCUGAGAAAGUGCCUCGAGCGCCACAUGACCGGCGUCGUGAGUGGCAGAAAUUAGCCCUUGGUCAAGAACUGGCUGACGAUGAUAUAGAUACAUAUAAGCAUAUAGAAGUUGUUAAUGGGCCAACCGCUCAUUUUGAGACAAGACCACAAGCUUAUGGAGAGACUGCAAAUGGACCCUUCUCGCUUGCUGCACUUCCUUAUAGCCAGAUGAACGAUUUCCUGAACAGGGUUGAAGACCGGGUAUUGGUGAGACCUCAUGAGCCACCACCACCUCCACCAAUGCAUGCAGCUGGAGAUGGAAAAGCCAUGCCUGUUAUCAGUGCCACACAAGGAUUGUCUGAAAACCGGCCACAGUCUCCAGCCAUGGGUAGAACGGCAGUGUUUGUGAGCCCCUCUCCACCACCACCGCCACCUCCACUUCCUCCACCCCCUCCACCUCUUCCAUCAGCUCUUUCUGCUUCCUCUCUGCGAUCAUCAGUAUCCUCCACUCCUCCACCUCCUGUUCCUCCACCUCCCCCGCCACCUACAGCUAACUUGCAAACUACUAUUGUGCCACCCCCACCAGCUCCUUUGCAGAUAGCACCUGGAGUGCUUCACCCAGCUGCACCGCCUGUAGCUCCACCCCUUGUACAGCCCUCUCCGCCAGUAUCUCGUUCUGCUCAAGUAUGUGACACUGUGCCAGUACACCCACUUCCCCAAAAUGAGGCACAGGGUCUUCCUCCACCUCCUCCACCUCCACCCUUACCUCCUCCUGGGAUGCGACCCUCCUCUCCUGUUGCAGUCCCACCCCUCUCGCAUGCCCCUGCUGGUCUACAUCCUCUCGCUUCUAUUGUGCCCGGUUCUCAUGCUCCUCUACUGCCCUCAUCCCCUCCAUCUCAAGUUGCGCCAGAGUCUAAGAGACACCCAUCAACUCUCCCAGUUAUCAGUGAUGCUAGAAGUGUUCUGCUGGAAGCCAUUCGAAAAGGUAUUCAGCUUCGCAAAGUGGAAGAACAGCGAGAGCAAGAGGCCAAGCAUGAACGCAUUGAAAAUGAUGUAGCCACCAUUUUGUCUCGGCGCAUUGCUGUGGAAUAUAGCGACUCAGAAGAUGAUUCUGAGUUUGAUGAGGUGGAGUGGGAUUAAAAUGUUAUAUAUCACACACUACAAACUGGAAUGCUGAUGUCAAUUGUGGUG